AUGGAGGCAGAUUGGGAUGGAGGCAGAUUGGGAUUUAGGCAGAGUGGGAUGGAGGCAGAUUAUGAUGGGGGCAGAGUGGGAUGGGGGCAGAUUAGGAUGGGGGCAGAUUGGGAUGGGGGCAGAGUGGGAUGGAGGCAGAUUGGGAUGGAGGCAGAGUGGGAUGGAGGCAGAUUGGGAUGGAGGCAGAGUGGGAUGGAGGCAGUUUGGGAUGGAGGCAGAUUGGGAUGGAAGAAGAGUGGGAUGGAGGCAUAUUGGGAUGGAGGCAGAGAGGGAUUGAGGCAGAGUGGGAUGGAGGCAGAGUGGGAUGGAGGCAGAGAGGGAUGGAGGCAGUUUGGGAUGGAGGCAGAUUGGGAUGGGGGCAGAGUGGGAUGGAGGCAGAUUGGGAGAGAGGCAGAGUGGGAUAGAGGCAGAUUGGGAUGGAGGCAGAGAGGGAUGGAGGCAGAUUUGGAUGGAGGCAGAGUUGGAUGGAGGCAGAGUGGGAUGGAGGCAGAGUGGGAUGGAGGCAGAGAGGGAUGGAGGCAGUUUGGGAUGGAGGCAGAUUGGGAUGGGGGCAGAGUGGGAUGGAGGCAGAUUGGGAUGGAGGCAGAGCGGGAUGGAGGCAGAGUGGGAUGGAGGCAGAUUGGGAUGGGGGCAGAGCGGGAUGGAGGCAGAGUGGGAUGGAGGCAGAGUGGGAUGGAGGCAGAGUGGGAUGGAGGCAGAUUGGGGUGGAGGCAGAGUGGGAUGGAGGCAGAUUGGGAUGGGGGCAGAGUGGGAUGGAGGCAGAGUGGGAUGGAGGCAGAGUGGGAUGGAGGCAGAGUGGGAUGGAGGCAGAGUGGGAUGGAGGCAGAUUGGGAUGGGGGAAGAGUGGGAUGGAGGCAGAUUGGGAUGGAGGCAGAUUAG